AACACCAAAGAGGGAUUGCGCCCCAGAGGGCAACAGUAAAGAAGAAGAUUGGAACAUGAACAAGGUUGGAGGCGCAGCAGGAAUCUCAAGCACUCUGGGAUUGUUCUCGGCCUCUGUGCUGGCCGCCAGCGCUGAUGAGAAUGCCAACACAACUCUGAGUGUAGAUGAGCUCUCUCUUUACACGACACCACCGCAGAAGUGCCAAUAUGUGGAGCCUGAGAGCGGGCAGGUGGAAGAGGGCGUGGCCACAUUGCGAAGACUGGCAGAGCCUUAUGCCACCUGGUGCCAGGGUGUGUAUGGCGUGGUGAAACCCAAGGUUGACAGUUCUGUACAAUUUGGGCAAAACAGUCACGCCUACCUGAAGAACCCUCCACCUGAGUUUUACUCAAGAGCUGGAGUCAUUGGCUUUGCUGGGAUCCUCGGCCUUUUCCUUGGACGAGGUUCUAGGAUGAAGAGACUGAUCUACCCAACCACACUAAUGGCUGUUGGUGCUUCUAUGUACUAUCCACAAGAGGCUGUAACCAUCGCAAAGAAAACAGGAGACGCCAUUUGCGGCUCGACACUUAAGGCUUAUGUUGCCGUGGAGAAUCUUAUCAAAGACAAACCCGCCUCCAAGAAGGUUCAACAGAAGUCUGAUCAAGCAGAGAAGACUUCCAGUGGAGAGACCAAAGCUUAGGUACAUUACCUCUCAAGCCGUUGCUAUGACAAUGUGUGUUGUCGUCGGGCAAUUACAAGAUCUCUGCCCUUCAAUCAACCUUCACGAUCUACUUUUGCACUAGCUACUUCCUCUUUCAUCUGUCAAUCAUCAGAGGGGUUAGUGGUCUGGAAAGUUUUGAACUUGAAAAAAGAACUACUGCGAUUAUAUUGAAAAUGCACUUGUAUACCAAAAUAAAUAUUAAUAUUCCAUGUAAGGGUUGGAUUUUUGACUGCAAUUACAAAACAUAUAUUGUGUUCAGUGUUGCGUGUUCCUUGCAAAAAUGCCACUACACUAGUCUGAACUAGUUUUUCUUGGAUUUAGAGAUUCACCACAUCCUCACGUGGUUGAGACAUUUCCUGUAGGAUGAUGUCAUUGUGUGUCUUAAUUGCCUUUUUUUUCCAGUUUAAAAGUAAACAAUUUAAAGGUGAACGGUGUCAUUUUUCGAUGUUAAAAUACUUUCUCCUAUUCCAGUUAAGCGUGCUGAGUUUAUAUAUGCCACUGGCGAAGGAAGUAAACACUUUUAAAACCGCUGUUUGGUAGCAAAACUGCCUCAUGCAAUGGCAUGCUUUUUGGAUGGGACCAUCAGUCAUAUCAACCAGUGGCAGAUAGAAAGAGAGUGCUUUGGAAACCUGUUUGAAAAGUCAUUUUUGUAAUUCAGUUUGGAGCCACCAGUGGCACAGAAAACUUCAAACUUGCCCCUUUGGAAGAAUGUUUAAGUUAGCUUUUGAAAUUUAAAGGGACAGUUCACCCAAAUAUCCCUAAUCAUUUACUCACCCUCACACCAUCCCAGAUAUGUAUGACUUUCAUCUGCAGAUUUUUAGAAGAAUAUUUCAGCUCUGUAGGUCCAUAAAAAGUGAAUGGU